CUGGGGUAUCUCAAAGUCAGCUUGACCCCGAGUGAUGGAUCAUCGCAUCUCUUAAACUAUUCAGUCCAAUCGAAUCAAUUGUUCCACCUUACGUACCAUUCCGUCAUUUUCUGAUCAAAGAAGGAAAAUACAAGACCGAGGGCUCAUCACAAGAGCCCAAACAUUUUCUCCCAAAAGACUUCUGAAGAGUCAUAAAUUUCAUAUCUCCGUUCAUACAGUUCCAGAGCCAUGUCCUCUGCCUCGUCCUCCUCGUCUGCUCCUGGAAGCUCGGCUGCUUCGACGGGCAAGACGAGCAUGCUCAGCAAAGCCUUCUCCAAGGUCGACCUUGACGGUCACGAUCUCCCGCCUUCACCCGCUCCCUCUAGUCCGCACAAUGGUCGAAAGUAUGCGUUGGCCACGGAGCUAGUUUACACUGAGAGCAAUGACCAGUACAAUGCCAGCAGUGUUCCCAUUUACCAGACUGCAACAUUCAAGCAGACUUCUGGCGGCGGAGGCGGCGAGUAUGAUUACACUCGUUCCGGAAACCCUACCCGCUCCCAUUUGGAGCGCCAUCUCGCAAAGAUCAUGUCCGCUAAUCGCGCUCUUGCUGUUUCCUCGGGAAUGGGCGCUCUGGAUGUCAUCACCCGUCUGCUUCGUCCUGGUGACGAGGUUGUGACCGGCGAUGACCUGUACGGCGGUACUAAUCGUCUACUGAAAUAUCUUGCAACCAAUGGCGAUAUUACCGUCCACCACGUUGACACUACCAACCCCGACAAGGUCCAGGAGGUUCUUGGCCCGAAGACCGCCAUGGUUCUUCUGGAAACUCCCACGAACCCGCUGAUCAAGAUUGUGGAUAUUUCCACGAUUGCGUCUCUCGCUCACGCCGCCAACCCUAAGGCUCUUGUUGCCGUUGACAACACCAUGCUCUCACCUAUGCUUCUUAACCCGCUCGACAUUGGCGCCGACAUUGUGUACGAGAGUGGAACGAAAUACCUGUCUGGUCACCACGAUCUCAUGGCUGGUGUGAUUGCAGUCCAAGACCCCGCCAUUGGCGACAAACUCUUCUUCACCAUCAACGCUUCCGGCUGCGGCCUCUCUCCAUUCGACUCCUGGCUACUGCUCCGUGGUAUCAAGACCCUCGGUGUUCGCAUGGAGAAGCAGCAAUCCAACGCGCAACGUAUUGCCGAGUUCCUCGAGUCCCACGGUUUCAAAGUCCGCUAUCCCGGUCUUCGCUCACACCCGCAGUACGACCUGCACUGGUCCAUGGCGCGCGGCGCAGGCGCUGUGCUGUCAUUUGAGACCGGCGACGUCCAGGUCAGCGAGCGUAUUGUCGAGUCUGCCCGCCUCUGGGGCAUCAGUGUCAGCUUCGGCUGUGUCAACAGUUUGAUUAGCAUGCCUUGCCGUAUGAGCCAUGCUAGUAUUGACGCCAAGACUCGGGCAGAGCGACAGAUGCCUGAAGACAUUAUCCGGUUGUGCGUCGGUAUCGAGGACGUUGACGAUCUCAUUGAUGACUUGAGCCGCGCGCUCGUACAAGCCGGUGCGGUUAACGUCACGCUCAAUGGAUUUCAUGCCCUCAAUGCCCCUGGCCAGACGGUCGGAUCAUCAUAGUGUGAUACCCGUCCGCUAGCAUAUCUCCUCCUCUAGGGUUGGUUCUUCGAACUUUAUCACGCUGCCAAGUGCGGCUCGUUUCGGCUUCAAAACAUAUUUUUAUCUUAUUCUUUAGCGGCGUCUGGCAUGGGUUGCAACAAUUCUAGCAUUGGAACAUUUGAUUCAUACACAAUUCUGUCUUGUACAUUUUAUAUACCAUAUUCGAAAAGUAGAGAUUAGCACCAAGUGCGCAAAAAUUCACAUGAAAUCACU